UCGAGAAGUGGGGGUCGUGUCAGCAGCGGAGACCGGAAUCUGAGGAAGAUAUAAUGACACCGAGCUGCCUUGAAGCCUGGCUCCACCCCUGCUUGAACAUCAUCGAACAAAGCCAAUUCGCAACUCAGCAUUCCAAAAAUCCCUUUGAAGUUCACCUGUUCAUUCCAGGCAGCAGAAUUCCAACUUUUAGAAAAGAGCAGGAUGUUCCAACCCCAGUGUUAGCGUUCACUCUCUUACCCGUACGAGGAAAUGCAGGCCGUCUCAAGACCAACCCCCUAUUCUAGACCUUCCUAUCUGAACUGUUUUCCUCGAUACCCCCGCAGAUCAUCGAAGAAGUCCAUCGUCGAUUUCUCCUACUUGCUUUCCCGGUUCAAGGCUUUCAACCAUAGCCGGCCGGGCAACUUCUCACCGGACAUGCCUAAGAAACACGAAACCCCUUCCUCCAAACCACCCAAGUCCUCAAGCACUCGAGCCAACUCAGACCUUGUAGUGAGACAAGUAUCAGGAACACACAGCAACAGACCCUCAUCCCCAACUGAAGGUAGUGGAGGAGGAAGUGAGGCCCAAAGCACCCCUCAGAGAUCAUCACCUUCAUCAACCUCUUUAUCUCGCAGAUCCGAACUAGCAGAUCGGCCUGCUCGCACUACUGACUCGGGAACCGGUCGAAAUCGGACGAGUCCCGUACCAGCCGCAUAUAUUGACAACUACUUGGCUUAUCGCAAGGAAGCAUUCAUCAAGAUCUUUAUGGCGAAGGUCUGCGAAUGGCUUGACGACAACGUCUAUCCUCUCGAGGAGGCCUACGAACAGGACGGGGACUGCCAACGUGGCUCCAAAGCCUCUAGAUCAGGAGGCGUCAGAAGGCGCGCUGCCGAACAGCGUCCCGUAUCUGGUCAGAAGCGGCAACUCAAGGGGCGCGAUCAAGACGACGAAGGCUCCGAAAACGACGAUAGCAAAGAACAGAAGCCCAAUAAGAAGCGUACGAAGACGGACGAGGACGAUAACCGUCCCAAAUUUGCAUGUCCUUUCUACAAGCACAAUCCCGUCAGAUAUAAGAGCCAUCGAACCUGCAUUGGUCCUGGUUGGCCCGAGAUUCAUCGGGUCAAGGAGCACAUCUACCGCAGGCAUCGCAUUUUCGCCUGCAACAGGUGUUUCGAUAUCUUCGAGAGCGAAAAGCCACUCCAGGAGCACCAAAGAGCAACUGUAUCUUGCCCCGUCCUAGACGAGGAGAAGCGCAAGCUAGACCCAGGCGCAGGGAUGGAUCAAGAGACGGAGAAGCACCUCAGAGCGCGUAGGCAACCUGGUAAGCACGACGCCAACAAGCAGGACGAUGUCAGCAAGUGGUACGAAGUAUAUUUUACCCUGUUUCCGGGGACGCAAGACUCGGAAGACCCUCCAAGUCCUUGUAAGUUUGAACCUCCAACUUAGAAUAGAAACCUGAGAUGAGAAAAAAGCCUAAGUAAUUG